AUGUCCGAGAAACUGCGCGAAUAUCUCGAGGUCCCCCAGCAAUUUGUUCAGGAUGGAAGACAAUUCAUGACACGGUGCACGAAGCCUUCGCGCAAGGAGUUCACCCAAAUAUGCAAAGCCGUUGCCAUUGGAUUUUCUAUCAUGGGCUUCAUCGGAUAUUUUGUGAAGCUAAUUCAUAUUCCCAUAAACAACAUCCUAGGGGAGGCGCAUAGACACUUCCGCUUGCUUGUUGUUGGGUACACCCGAGCUGCACACCGUGCUUAUUUAUUCUGAUUGUGGAAUCCGUUGCCCGUUCGUUCUUGCCUGUGUUCAAAGAUAUGCAAGUUACCAAACUCCGAUGUGGUCACGGUCGAAGCAAGCUUGAACCUACCCUGGGGAAAACAUGAGCUUUCUCGGGCGAUCGAAUGGCACUGACACAGGUUUAUCCACAAACACACGGCAUGUACCUAAGCAGUAGUUGAAUCUGGUAUUAGAAGCAGCCCAAAACGAGCUGCGGGUUUGAUCAAUUCGACUGGAGGGAGUAACCGCGUCUCCAACCCGGUUGAUUUUAGUAAACUUGUUUCCUUCGCAUCUGGAGGCAUGAAGGGCUCGAGGAGCACCUGGCUUCGCACGAAGUGCUCAGACAAGUGCUUGUCUGCAUCUGCUGCGGUGAUAGCAUCAUGGCUCAGCUGGUUCCGCAGCUCUGAGAUCCGGUCCCGCAAGCCCUUGGAUAGCUCGCCACGGUCAUCCUCCGCUAUGGCAAGUUUCACCAGAUGAUCAACGAAGCUCAAAUCCCAGCAUCUACGCGCGCAAUCCUUUGCACUCGCUUUGGGUUCUAGCAGACGCGUGCAGAAAUCACGCAAAGUUUGCUGUGCGACGACGGUCCGCCGCCUGUGCGACUUAGAGAGACCUAAUUCGUGAAUCGAUGUCGACAGAGUCUUGAAGCAGUCCAGCAACGCAGCCGAAGGUUGCGCCGGCCCGGUUUCAGUUGUGCCGCCACCACACCGAGCGACACGCUCAUGAUAUAGUAGAGCUGCGUUAAGUACUGUGUCAUGACGCCACUGAUCGAGUGUGCGCUGGUACAGUCCUUGGGCCUUCUCCCGAAAUGCUGACUGAGCACGCUGACUACCACCUAGCGAAGGCACAAAGAC